AUGGCGAAGGUAUUUUUCAUAUUCGUAUCGUUACUCGCGGUCACUUUGGCAGAACCUCCGGUGAAAACCUCGUACCUUCCGCCUAGCGCCAGUAGAAGUUUGAACAGUCAGUAUGGUGCACCGGCAUUCACGGAUUCGAACGAAUUGGUGGCACCUUCACCAAAUUCCAAUUUCCAUGAUUCUUAUAACCAACAACAACAAAGUUUCGAUUUGAGUAACGGACUCAGUGUUCCCAGCGCGGCCGGACGGUUGUCUAACACGUACGGAGUACCGUCGGCACAGGGUGCCAACGUGCCAUCCUUCGAUUCUAGCGACAGUAUCGCUGUAGACGCCGCAGGUAGAAGCGGAAAUUCGUUUUCGUCUCAUGUUCCUUCGUCGACUUACGGUGCUCCCGGAAACGGAUUCGGCGGUGGUUCUCGUUCAUCACAAUCUGGUGCACCAUCAUCGGUUUACGGACCUCCCCAAGCCCGAAACAACAAUUUCGGUAACGGCGCAGCUCCAUCUUCGGUCUACGGACCUCCACAAGCCAGGAACAACAAUUUCGGUAACGGAGGUGCUCCAUCUCAAGUUUACGGUCCUCCUAAAGCCAGAAACAAUAAUUUCGGUAACGGCGCAGCUCCAUCUUCGGUCUACGGUCCUCCCCAAGCCAGAAACAAUAAUUUCGGUAACGGUGCCGCCCCAUCUUCGGUCUACGGACCUCCACAAGCCAGGAACAACAAUUUCGCCAAUUCCGCCGCUCCAUCUCAAGUCUACGGACCUCCUCAAGCCAGAAACAACAAUUUCGGUAACGGAGCUGCUCCAUCUUCAGUCUACGGACCACCACAAUCAUCUUCGUUCUCCUCCCCUUCCGGUAGAUCCGGUCAACUUCCCUCCGCCACUUACGGCGCACCUUUCGAAAGAAACGGUUUCGGAUCUCAAGGAUCCUCAGGUUUUCAAGGAUACGAACCAUCUAAACGAUCUCAAACCACCGAAGAUCCCUUCGCCGAACCCGCAAAAUACGAAUACGAUUAUAAGGUUCAAGCCUCGGACGAAACCGGUACCGAAUUCGGUCAUAAAGAAUCCAGAGAAAACGAAUCUGCACGUGGAGCCUACCACGUGUUAUUACCCGACGGAAGAAUGCAAAUCGUUCAAUACGAAGCAGACGAAACCGGAUACAGGCCACAGAUUCGAUACGAAGAUACCGGAUAUCCGUCCGCCGCCUCAUCGAGAUCUAACAACGGUUUCAACGGAUAUCAGUAUUAG